AGAAACGAGUGCUCGAAAGGAGAAAGACCAUGAUCUGUAAUCCUGUUUAUUCGUCAACAUCAACAAACUUUCAUCUUCCGUAUUAUCUGUAUUCAGUUCGACUGUCACGAACCAAUUCUGACAGAAAAUGACUAAAUUUUGAAUUAGAAAAAAUGGAAGACAGAAAUGAAGAAAUAGAAGAAGAUAUACAUGAUGGAUUCAAAGAUAUAAAGGAGAAAGAUUUGUGCCAGCAUUAUGAGGACAAUGUGUGGAGUGAUGGCUCAAUCUGGCAACAUAUGCCUGAUGACUUUAUCAUUCAUAUAUUCUCAUUCUUAGACUGUAACAGUUUGUUGGAAGCUUCAAAGACAUGUAGUAAAUGGAGACGUGUUGCUAUAGAUGAAAGCUUAUGGAAAGAUUUAGUCAGCUGUAAAGUGGGCCGUCCAAGGACUUCAUUACCUGACUGUGAGAGUUGGUAUGAAGAAUUCAGACGUCUCUGUAUGAAUGUUCCUGUAGUGGAAAGUGAAGUUUUAAAGGAACAUGAGGAUGAAGUUUAUCAUGUGAUGUUCUCUCCAUCAGGAAAAUAUUUCUCUUCAACAGGAAAAGAUGGCUAUGUUAUUGUUUGGGAACUUGGAAUGCCAACCACAAUGUUUACAAAGAAACUUGUUGUAGAUUUACCUAGUUAUACACGUUUUUCUGAAUUUAAUCAAUCAGAGACCAAACUUUUAGUGGCUGGCAUGGAUAUGGGGUACUUCUAUGAUGGCUUUAUAAAGAUUUAUCACUUUGGAAAAGAACUAAUAGAACUCUGCCUUGUUAGAGUUGAAUUUCCUAAUUUCCGAGGAGCUUGGUAUGAUGACGAUAAUUUUAUUUCCAUGGGUAGAGCUAGUGAAGAUGGACAUGGCUAUUUUUUACAAGUGCGGACUCACAAGGCUGAAAAGAAAAUUUGUCAGCAUGAAUUCAGUGAGUUAAUGAAAAUCAGGCAUUGUCGUCAUAGAAACGAUUUUGUUAGAAUCAUAGAUAAAUCAAAAUGGCCAAAAACAAAAAACGAAAAGUCAGAUGAUUGUGAAACAGAUUAUAAUUUAGAGACUUGUCAUGCAUCAACAAGUGUUUGUGAUUGUGACCGUGACCCUGUGACAAAGAAAAAAAAACAGGAAGAUGGUGAAAGCAAUGAAGAUGAUAGUGAAAAUGCUUGUAGCAGUGUAGAAACUCAUGAUAAAUAUUUGAUUUUAUAUCAAACAUCAUUGGAUUACAGGGCUUCUUUGUACAAGUAUGGUAUAGAUUAUAAUGUCUUGAAAGAAGCUGAGUCAGGAGAAGCAGAAAGGAAAACAAUAUUUACACCUGCCCAUUGUUUAUAUGAAUGUGAUGGUACAUGUAUUGGAACAAGUUUAUCAAAAGAUCAUAGGUAUCUUGCUUAUUGUGUGAGACAAAAGAUUCCAGGGGAAGGAUUUAGUUUGUAUGAUGAGAGUAUAGAAGUCAGAGUUUAUGACCUACAGAAUGACCUUGAAACUAAAGAGAUUUACACUGGAGCCAGAUCUGUUGGAGAAGAUCAUGUGUCCUAUAUUUUCCCUUCUAUUAGCAAGAAUUUUGUUGCCUGUGGAAGUGAAAAUUUGAAAGGUUAUAUUUGGGACCGUCGCUAUGGAUUUAUAUUAUCAGAACUCAAUCAUGAAUGUGGAAUUCAUUCACAGAAUGGUGUAAAUGCUACUGCUUUCUGUCCAACAGAUCAGGAAGUUUUGGUAACAGUAGCAGACGACCUUAAUAUCAGAGUUUGGAGGUCAAGACAGGCUAUUUAUGACACAAGAAUUGCAAGUGUUGUAAACGUUCAAAAUAAACCUGAUAAUCAGAAUGUAUUGUCUUCAUUGGACGUUCAAAAUAAACCUGAUAAUCAGAAUGUAAUGUCUUCAUUGGACGAUUCAGAUUCCAAUUCUUCAGAUGAAGUUGUCAUGGAUGAUUUAGAUGAUGGCAAAACAACGUGUUGUUAUGGACUUAAAAAUAGAAAAAUAAAGGCAAAAAUAACAAGAAAAAGAUAGUGAAGACAUGAAUCUUUUAACUUGAGAUCAAAUAGCCAUUUUUGUUCAGGAUUUGAUUUGAUAAAACCAGUUAACCUAUAAUUUCUUUAGUAAGAAUUGAAGUAAGAAAAAGAAUCAUUGUAUGAUUAAUGUUUUUUUAUAUAUUUAUAUAUGUAUAAGUUUUAUAAGCACACAAUCCAAGAUAGUUAUUGUUAGCCAGUGUUAUUGCAGGAAUUUUGUUUGAAGUGAGAUUAUGUAUUGUAUAAAGUUAUUGUAGACUAUUUACAACCUAAUGUUCAAGUAUUUGUUUCUGCAGUUUUUCAUCUUUGACUAUUUCUGUGAGGAGUACAUAAAGAUGAAAGAAAUAGUACAUCAAACCCUUAAACUGUUUUGCUUAUAUGAUAAAAUAAUGAAAAUGGAUACAAAAAAGUUAAUUUUUCAUACAAGACAGCAAAAAUUAUAUACUAUAGCAAAAAGCUGACACGUUCAUGAAAUAGGUCUGCUGAGAAACUGUUGUAGAUAUAAAAUUAUUAUAACCCAAUUUUUUUGGAGAAAAUCCCUAACACCAUGUGAGCAUACUUGCAUGUUAUUUUUAAGGGAUCCAUACCUUGACAGUAUACUUUCAUCUGUAAGCAUAGAUCUGUGAUAUAUUUAUAGGUUUUUUUGUAUGGAGUAUAUAUGAUAUGAUAUGAUUCUCUUUAUUCUUAUUUUUAAAUUGUUGUGGAAGUGUAUAAUUGUAUGUUAUAAGGAAGUUCUUGUAAAGAUACUUGAUUAUUGCUAUUUAGUGUAUUUUAUCCUUAAUCUUUUUUUGUGAUGAUUUUUCAUAUCACUCGCUUGAGAUAGAAAAUUAUCGGAAACUAAAGGCGCACAUGACAUUGUCAAUGUAAACAUCAAAGACUUCGUAGGCAAAAUAGUGAUAAACAGAUUAUCAAUGGUCUUUCAAACUCAAGGAUGUUUCUCUGCCACAUCUCAUCUCAGGCUGUCCCCUUUAAUGUGAUUGUUGCUCAGAAACACCCUCUCGUUUGAAAAAUCAUCGAUAAUCUAUAAAUAUAUGUAUCUAACAUAAAUAUGAUAAGUGUAUUAUUUAUAUGUAUUGUUUUUCAUUUGUUCGUUCAUGUUUGUUUGUAAGUCAUUGCCCCUAGUGGACCUAAAGUGCUUAUCAAUAAUGUGAAGUAUAAUAUUUUGUAAAAACUUAAGUUUAAUGUUGCUACUGAUUGUUGUUUCUUAUUAAAUAUAUGCUAUGCAUUGUUUAUCUUGAAAAGAUAAACCAUGCUCUCUAUAUAUAUUAAAUGGUCAUUCUAAUAUACAUACAAGAUAUACAACAUAUUUGUUCCCUGACAAGAUAUACAACCUUAUAAUUUGUUUGCUUCUGUAAAUUUGCAUUAUUAUUUGAUAUUAAAACCAAUAGUCUUUCAUGUCUAAAUCUAUAAGUGAUGAAUAUUUAUAAUCAGACAUUAAGCUAGCUUAAAGAACUAUUUUAUUACCUGUAUUAGUGUGCAGUUUUUGUUUUUGUUUUUUAUGUGAAUUUCAAGUGUUUUUUUUCAUCAAUCCAGUUUUUUCUAUCCUUGUUUUGGGGUUUUUCUAAACUCUUAACCUCAAUCUCCUUUCACAUUAUUUCGUACUGUAAAUUCAGAAAUUUUUGUGAGGUUUUUAUUAAUGCGAAUAGUGGGACUCGGUGAGUAUUGCAAUAAUAAGAACUCGCAUUCAUCAAUCUGAUGCAUAAAACUAUAUAUAUAUUUUCCUAAAAUCGCAAUAAUUAAUCUAACAUUUUGUCCAUUCUUCAAAAAUCACAAUAAUUUCUGAAUUUACAGGAAUUGCUUUAUAUAUCUUUCAAAUCUGUUUUGUCAAGGGAAAUUGUUACUUUUAUAUUUGGGAUUGACAAAAUUCUGACAGUAUUACUGGUAUUGAAUUUUGUAAAAUAUGUUUUGUAUAUUUGAAAAGCACAUCUUUCCAAAAGUGUUCCAAGAAUUAAUCUGUUCUUAAUUCUAGUCAUAAUUUAUAUAGAAAAAACUUUCAUUGAUAAAUAUCUUAUUAUUCUGAAAAGAAAAAAAGGUUGAAUGAUUUUUUAUUUUUCUUUGCUUAUUUAUUUCCAUCAAAGUAUCAUUUAUAAAAAAAAAAUCAGUUGAUUCUAAAAAACUUAUUUUGAUGUGCAUCAUAUGCAUCACCAUAUUCAUAAUUAGUGACAUGUCAUUUUUGUCUGUCCUUGAAGGAGUCAAAAUGAGAGACAUAGGUAUGCUGUUUCUGGCAUCCGCGGCGGGGCUUGAAGGUGCUUCAACAAUGUAUUAGUUUGUGAUUAGGUCAGAUUAUGGUGAACCACUAGUGGUAGGUCAAUGAUAUUAAGUAUGCAGUUGUAUUAGCAUUGGCACAUCUCAUUUAAUGGAGAUUAUUUGGCCCUGCCCCCUCAGUCAUAAUUCAUUGACUUUGAAACUUUUACUUAGUUUACAUGUAUUAGUUUGUGAUCAUGUCAGUUUAUGGGGAACAACUAGUGGUAGGUCAAUUAUAUUUGAUAUGCAGUUGUAUUAGCAUUUGCACAUCUCAUUUCCAUGGAGAUUAUUUUGCCCUGUAACUUCAGUCAUGAUUCAUUGACUGACUAUUUUCAUAACUUACAUGUUAAAGUAUUGUUAUUUUAAUUUCAACAUUUGCAUUUUACUAUCAAAAUAGCAAAAAAGGUGAGACAUAUCUCUGUGUUAACAGUUUAUAUGUUCAAUGGUAGGUUAAAAAUUUGCACAUAUAAUUUUGUUUUGCUUUCACUACAGAGUAGAGUAUUUGUUGCCCCACCAUGUUCUUGACUGUAGUUAUAUGUUACACAAUGCAGUGUUAUAUCAAGCUUGCAAUGUAAAAAAAUUCCUGUUAAAGUUCAUUAUAUAUCAAUUAAAGGAACUUCUUGUAUUUGAA